CUUACACAAGGACAAAAAGUUGUGGGGUAAACGACAGGAAAACCCUAUACCCCUCCCUCCACUCUCACCCGAGGGGAGUGAGUGUGUGUGAGAGAGAGAUAGAGAGAGUCGGGAGCGCGCUUGAACGAAACGGGGAAAACAUCGCUGCGUAACUCCGCUAAACUUUGCGACUUCUCGUUAAGUGACGAAUAAACGUUUAAUCCCGCGUGUCUGUAUCCCAUUAAGUUCACCCAAAUCGGAUUUUUCCUCAGAACGGACGGCGGUGCGUGAGGAGGACAGCAUGAGCACUGUGUGCAGAUUGUGUGCAGUUUGGUGUUGUGUGUUGGCUGUGCUGUCUGCAACUACAGCUGAUAAGGCAGAGAAGCAGGUGACUGGACGACGGUCUCGUCAGGCAGAGGAGGAGGGGCUAGAAGGGGUGUGGGGUCCAUGGAGUGACUGGGCAGAGUGUUCUCAGAGCUGUGGUGUGGGUGUAUCUGAAAGGAGGAGACAAUGCAUGCCACCGCCCCACACCCCGCCAGUUGUCUGGAGCAGACCAGCUUACCUGCCCCAAGGUGUCCCAAACCACACCCCUGUGAUCUCUGCUGUCAGACCCCACUACAACUCCUUGUAUCCUGGCAACGAGUCCCCUCCAUAUGGAGCAGGGGUUGCUGAGAGACCUCCGUUUUAUUCUCCACCUCUCCCAGCCAAUCAGAAUCCUGGAUUACCUCUGUACCGAAAUGAAGCUGGUGGUGCUGGGCCAGCACAGUUCGGCCCACCCAAUCAGGAGCCGGUUUCAGUUUACAGGUCACCUUUGUUUCCUGGCUCAUCGUCACCAUCCUCUUCAUUUACAUAUAACCAGAAUGCGAGAGUUCCUGGACGGCCAUCUGGUCAUGGGCCAGGAAGAGCUGUGGCGAGUGGUAGCAGGAGGUCAGUUACCACCUAUAGGGCUCCAACAUCUGUAAGAAGGUCUAGUUCUUCUAUUCGCCCUGGACAGUUUGGGUACGGCAGGGUCCCGUACUCUCUCCCCCUGCACAGACAAAACCGUCAUGUGCACAAUACGCGCCACCACAACAGCACCACCACCACAGACAGUCUCGAUGUCCUAGACAUUAAUCCCAUUUUAGCUGAAGACAAAACAGAGGGAGAUGUAGAAACAUCUAAUGCAGACGUGACCAAAAUUAAAAGAGAACGAAAAGAGGAGGGGAGAUCAGAAAAAGACAGGGUCGAGAUAGAGACAGAAACCCUUACCGUCACUACAGAAAAGAGUGAUGAUGCAGCAGAGAUGCCAAGGGAUUUAGAGAUGCACAGACGACCAGAAAGAAUAAGGGAACGAGAGCGACUCGCUCAUUCUCAGUCUCGGACCCAGAGACAAAGCCAUGCGCACGUGGCCCGUGACAGACGCAUCGACGGCCGGGCUUCUCGCCAAGUCCCAAACUCUUACUCACAAACUAUCUAUAGAGGACAAACUCCCAGAGACCCUACUUCUUACAAUCUGCAUUCCCCCAACGUCCAAACAACCUCAACAAACUCGAACCCUGAACCCUGGGUCUUGCAAAAUCAGCCCCCCAGAAAUGAGGCUUCCAACAACUACAGAUGCUCUGGAAGGAACAGAGAGUACCGCAGAUGCAGUUUACAGGCUUGUCCAGGUGCUGCAGUGAACCCCAGGGCUGAGCAGUGUGCAGCAUUUAACAGUCAGGAGUUUAUGGGACGUGUGUAUGACUGGGAGCCUUUCACAGAAGUGGGCCUCGAGCAACAGUGUGAGUUGACCUGCCGACCCAUCGGGUAUCGUUUCUACGUCCGCCAGGCGGAGAGGGUACGAGAUGGGACUCCGUGUGCGAAUAACACACCCAAUGACGUGUGUGUGGGAGGACGCUGUCUGAGUGAUGGUUGUGAUGGUGUGUUAGGUUCAGGGUUGGUUCGGGAUCGCUGCGGUGUGUGUGGAGGUGAGGAGGGCACCUGUCAGAAGAUCACAGGCAGUUUCUUCAACACGAGCGUUCCACUGGGUUACCACAAAAUCCUGGAAAUCCCGCCCGGAGCCACAGCAAUCAACAUCACAGAGAGACGAGCCAGCCCCAACUAUCUGGCCCUGCGCAGUGGAACGGGUCAGUCUGUGGUGAACGGACGGUGGGCGGUCGAUCCACCUGGCGAGUAUCAGGCCGGAGGGACCACCUUCCUGUACAGCCGCCCAAAAGCUGUUUCUCAGGAGCAGGGGGAAGAGAAAGGCGAGUCUCUGACCGCACCUGGACCUACAACCGCCCAACUGCAGUUAUAUAUUAUUUUCCACAAACAGAAUCCAGGCAUAGACUAUGAAUAUUACAUCCCAGUGGAGAAACGGGAAGAACUCAUAGAAAUCAGUGCCGUUGAGAUCCCUGCCGCUUUCCCUCCUGUUCCCUCCUCGCCUCAGUUUUCUUUAUCAUCCUCCUCAUCAUCUUCCUCCUCAUCUGAUCGAUGGCCACCCGAGAGGCCCCGCCCACAGGGCACCGGACCCCAUCGUAAUGCCAGGAUCCCUCCACGCACAGACCUCCCUUUGGACAGUCAAUCUCCUUUCGUGUGGCGUCAGGGCGCAUUAACAGAAUGCACUGCUAGCUGUGGCAAAGGCUCGCAGUACAGAGAGAUUGUGUGUGUGAACAGACACACAGAUCAGGAGGUCCACGAGAGGAGGUGUGACUCCGCAACCAAACCAUCCCCAGAGGAGGAACCAUGCAAUGUUCACCCAUGUCCACCAUUCUGGGAUAUGGGACAGUGGUCGGAGUGCAGUGUCUCUUGCGGCCGGGGGGUCCAGCAGCGACACAUACAGUGCAGACAGAGUUUUGGGAAUCGCUCUACAAUGGUUCACCCUCAGCGCUGUGCAAGUCUCACCCGACCCAACUCCACUCAAACCUGCAUCCCUCGUGUCUGCUCCCACUGGGAGAUCAGCACCAACUGGAGCGCGUGCUCAGUGGAUUGUGGAGUGGGAAAGAGAACCCGGAGCGUUCGCUGUGUCAGUGACUUUGGAAACACUGUGAGUGACAGGGAGUGCAGUGACAGGCUCCGCCCACAACGAACCGAGGACUGUCAAAUGGGUCCCUGUGUCACAAACUGGUACUUCACUGAUUGGACGAGCACUUGUUCUGCGUUAUGCGGGCCAGGCGUCCAGAGGAGAGAGGUGGUGUGUUUGUCCAGAGGAGGAACGAGAGAAGGAGAUUGCGUGUCGGAAAAACCGGCUGAUAUGAAGGGCUGUAACGGGGGUCCCUGUACGCCCAUCAAUCUCUGGUACACUGGACCCUGGGGACAGUGUAAUGUCGCGUGUGGGAACGGAACGCAGCGCAGGGACGUCAUCUGUGUGAAGAAGACAGGAAGUGACUUCACAGUGAUCAAUACUAAAGAGUGUUCACACCUGGACAAACCAUCACCAGUACAGACAUGUGAACAGGAGCCCUGCAAACCGCAGUGGUUCACCACUGAAUGGAGCGCGUGCUCUCGUUCCUGUGGUGAUGGCAUGCAGACGCGAGAGAUACGGUGUCUGACGGUGGACAAACAGCACAGCUCAGCCUGCGAUCUCGAGUCUAAACCCGCACAAGAGCAAUCUUGUAACACAAUACCCUGCAGUCCGUUUGAAGAUGAGAACUGUAAAGACAGAAGACAUAACUGUGUAACGGUGGUCCAGGCUCGACUCUGCGUCUACACUUAUUACAAGAACGUCUGUUGUGCUUCCUGUACACAGAGUGCUCAGAGGGCCAAAAGACAGUGAUCCUACAAAGGUUAAAGGUCACCGUGUUCAGACCUUAUUGUAAUCAACUGCGGAGCCAAAACUCAUCCCAGCCAAUCAGAGGCUGCGCCAUUAUUUUAAUGAAAUUUCAGCAGAAAAUGCCGAUAUGUACUGAGAUCAGGAUCCCUUUAAAUGUUAUAAGUACUCAUUAGGCAAGAUUGCAACCAGAUCUGUGCUCACAUCAGUAGCUUUAUCUCCAGUGAUGAAGAGUGACCAGGACUGUUUACUACAAUAUACUAUCAGUGAGGAUGCCAAAUACUCAAUCAUACCUUAAAAUCGAUACAGUAUGCAAGCAAAUGCACUGAGGUCACAGGUCAACAUUCUUAUAUGGCACUUAUAUGAAGAUAAAGUUUAAAUUGGAAGUUUCAAUCAUACGUUUGUCACACUUCGUAUGUAUUUUAUGAGGUGGCUAAUUCAUAUUAAUCACACAACCACAUUCAUACGUUUUUGUACAAGUGCUUUCGCCCCGUGGUGUUGGUAGGGGUGUGAAAUCAUUAUUGUUUUAAUAAUAAUCAUACAUAUUUAUACGAUUCCCUUCAUAUGAAUUAUACAAAUUAGCCAGCUCGUAAAAAACGUAUGAAAUCCUGUGAGUAAAAGUUGACCCGAAUGUUCGAGUUUAGGAUGUGCCAAGUAAAGAAAGAAUCAUGGUGCAAGCAAAUUGCCAUUGGUGAUAAUUACGUUUUACUCACGAAUGUGAAAUGUAUUUAUUUUGUACAUAUUUUAUGUACUGUUAAUGAAGAAUAGAAAUGAAAUUUUCCAGGAAAAAACAUUUACUGUAGCAGGUUUAUGAGGAGACAGGCUUGUGUGAACUAUAGAGGCAAGCUACAUUUCCCUUAAAGGUGCAGUGUGUCAUUUUUAGAAUUUUUAGGCAGAAAUGCAAAAUAAAAUACUAAACUAUAUUAUCAGGGGUGUAUAAAGACCUUUCAUAAUGAAUUGUUAUGUAUUUAUUACCUUAGAAUGAGAUGUUUUUAUCUACAUACACCGAGGGUCCCCAUACAUGGAAGUCGCCUUUUUGUGCCACCAUGUUUCUACAGAAUUUUUUUUAUUAAGUUGUCUCAGACGAUGACAUGUUUGUCUGGUGACGGCUACCGUAGCUUUUCUCUAUGUUUUUUCAAAAGCGAGGGGUGAGCAGUGAACUGAGCCGUUGGUUGCAAUUCACAACUUCACCACUAGAUGCAGCUAAAAUUUACACACUGCACCUUUAACUCUUUAUGAGAGCAUGAGAAUGAAUACAGAUCAUAAAGCAACAACUAAACACCUGUUCAUGCUCUUUUUUUUGUUGUAUUGGUGCUUUAACUGCACCCUAUUUUUGAAAAGUGCCUUUUUGUUCAUCUUUUUAUACCCAAUCACUUGAACACACAUUUGUAAAGAUCAUUUGAAGGAUGUGAUGGCAGCAACAGUCUUUUACAUGAACAUUAUGGGGCGGUUUCCUGGACAGAGCUCAUCCUAGUCCCAGAGUAAAAUGCAUGUUUGAGCUGCCUAACUUGAAAAACAUCUUGCACUGAGAUAUCUUAACAUAUCGGUGCUAUUGUUUUUUGUAAGGUUUGUUUGUAAAAAUUACUUAAAUGUUGUAAUAUAACUAAGGCCUAGUCCUGGAUUAAUCUAAAUCCUGGUCGGGAAACCGCCUCUAUAUCCCCAAACAUUCCCUUUGACCUCAGUCCCUAUUAUGUCUUCUAUCCAAAUGAUGGAAGAAAUUUUGAAUAUAAAUAUUACAGUAUAUGUUCUCGUGUGUUUUUUUUAAAUUUGACAUAUUUUAAUCAUUUCUGAGCUAUAAAAUCUCUACGUAUGAGAUUCAUUCUUUAUUCUUUUACAGAAUGAACUUGAGGUCAGUUUUAUCUGAAUGUGUCAGUCAUUAUGUGUGUCACUAAGGAUCCACUUUGUUCAAUGUUUUUUUUCUUUUUUUGCCCACAAUGUAAUUCAUAAAUGCCCAUUCAAACACUCAUUAACCACCGUUUUUUUAUAUUAUUAUUAUGAGAUGUAAAAUUUUUGUGCAUUCCCUGUUUUGUAAUAUAUAAUCCAAAGUCCUGCUUCUGCAUUUAAGACAGCAUUACUAGUGUUUUGUAUUAACUUUAAUACGUUAAACUUGCUAAGAUGUAGUGUUAUAUAUAAAGUGUCAUUUUUCAUCCAAAGCAACAUACAGUGUGUCAGGAUCAAGCUCUGGUUUAGAUAAUAUCUAGUAUUAUGUAUAAACAUGUGAAACUUCUUUUAUCAGCUCAUAGUUAUAACCACUAGGCUACCACAACCUCUUGUGCAAAUUAAACAGUGUGUAAAUGAGCAGAAAGCGUUAAUGAAUAUUGCAGACGGGGUGGAUUUUGGUUCUGAAAAAACUCAAAAUUAAGAUUUGAGAAUGUGUAUGUAUGUUUGUUGUGUCUGAGAGUUUAUGUAUAUAUUCUGUAUAGUAUCACAUACAUUUAAACAAUUACCUGAUACUCUUUGAAAGGAUAGAAAGAUCAUUUUAUAUAUAAAACCAGAAACAGUUAUUUAUCUAUGAAAAAAUACAUAUAAUUUAUUUUUUUCUUAAAUUGAUCAGUUUUUGGAAAUUCAAGAUCAACUUGUUUUGAUAUAUUUUUGUUGCUUUGUUAUGAAAUAAUAUGUGUGAAUCAUUAUUCAUAAUAAACAGACCUAAAACUCCU